AUGGCUCCUACUUGGCCAGAAGAAGUGGAUGUCUUCUCCGUUCCUCAUUCUAGAAUGAAGGAAUUGGUUCAAGGUUACUUAGACCAGAUGACAGCUACAAACUUUUCUAACGUUAUUCAUCUUACAACUUUACUGGAGAAUCUUUGUAAUGCUUUCCAGGAAUUUAAGAUUCACGAACAAAUUGAAAAUAAGUAUAUAUUGUGUAGACUACGACAGAAACUGCGCUCCCUGUCCAUCAGGAAUAGUGCCGUGUGCAACUGUCACUCGGACAACCGUUUGUCAGAGAUGUUGGAGCUAGUCAAAGAUGGAUUCCAAUGGAUGUGGCGCCCACAAGCAGAGCGUCUCCAUUAUGGGUUUAAAUUACGCAGAGCUUUAGAAGAAUUUACUGGGAGCUUUAUUCCACAUAUGGAAGAGGAAGAAGCAAUAUUUCAACCCAUGCUGAUAGAAUAUUUCAGCUAUGAUGAAUUGAAGGCUAUUAAAGCUGAGGUUAUUAAACAACAUCUUCGUAAAGCUUCAGAUAAUUAUCAAGAAGAGAAAUUUGUUGAAGAUACCAGAUCUCGUAAGUUUUUGUCAACUUAUCUCUUGGGAUUUUGUGAAGUUUCAAGUGAAGAAGAAGAAUCAGCAGACAGUAAACCAAGUUUAGAUAUUUUACCAGAUGAGAUUCUGUUGAAUAUAUUAUCAUACUGUACCCCUAUAGACUUGACACGAUGUAGUCAGGUGUCCCAACGAUUGAAUACAUUAUCACUGGAUGGUUCUUUAUGGACACAGUUGUAUCCGGUUCACUGGGCUCAAGGUAGGUGGAGUAAUAGAAAAGAAGUUGAAGAAUCUGAUAUGGAAACCAGCGCUGAUGUGUUCGAAACUUAUAUUGUUAUAGAUGAGGAUGCUGAUGUUGAUGAGACACCAGGAAGUGAACUCUCUAGUGGAGGUGAUGACACCAUACAACAGGUUAAAAAAGAAGUGAAAGUAUUGUUAGCCAUUGUAAAAUAUUUACUGCCACGAGUCGGCCAUUUCAUCAAGAAGUGUUCUUUAGCUUACAGUAGAGGACUGAGUAAUGGCAUUGUGAAAAAAAUAUUAAAGUUUUGUCCUAACCUAGAAUAUUUGAAUUUAAAACAGACCCGAGUGACAGAUGCAGCUUUUAAAGUGCUUGGAGAAGGAAAGUAUGGUAGUAAGUUACGAUAUUUAGAUUUAACUGGUUGUAAAAACAUUACAGACUUUACCCUUCAAAAACUUGCCGAGGCUUUGCAAUAUUCUUCACCAUCGGCUUCGAACGUUUCUUCAGUGAUACCCAAAGAUUCUAAAGACUUUACUCAGAUGCAAAUUGAUCCCAUAUGUGAUAUUGAAGACUUUGAAAGAACAAGGAAAAGUGCGUCUGCAACAAAUACUGAUUCCCGCCCUAAUUCAAGACAAAGUAAGCGUGGAAUUUGUAAUCAGUUAAAGGGAGAUAACUCUCCUCAUCAGACUGAAAUAUGUUAUGACCUAAUUGUCAGUGAUACAGAAAUGAAAACUGAGAAGUCUCUGACUGUCCAGUCAUCAGAUAGUGUAGAUAAGGUAGAAACAUCAUCCAGUACUACUAGACCAGGCUUAGAAUAUCUGAAUCUGUCUGGAUGUCAGAAUAUUACAACUGAUGGAAUCAGGUAUCUGGUGGAGUUGGGAAGUCUACCGAAUUUAAGAUAUCUAAAUCUGUCUGGUUGUAUGGACGUUUCAGGGGAGAAAAUCUAUGAACUGGUUUCAAUAUGCCCUGUGUUGGACCACUCUCAGCUGUAUUAUUGUGAUAAUUUAACAGAUGAUCCAUUCCCUGAGACAGCCAGUGGGUGCUGUAAUGUAGAUUGUGGCUCACGAUUUUGUUGCAGAAAUUAG